AUGCGGCCAUGGACUGGUUCCUGGCGUUGGAUUAUGCUCAUCCUCUUUGCUUGGGGAACUUUACUCUUUUAUAUUGGUGGACACCUGGUACGAGACAGUGAGCAUCCAGAUCACUCUAGUCGUGAAUUAUCCAAGAUACUUGCUAAACUUGAACGCUUAAAGCAGCAAAAUGAAGACUUAAGGCGGAUGGCAGAAUCUCUCAGGAUACCAGAUGGUCCCAUUGAUCAGGGACCAGCUGCAGGAAAGGUACAUGCUUUAGAGGAGCAACUUUUAAAGGCCAAAGAACAGAUAGAAAACUAUAAGAAGCGGACAGGAGAUGGAGGCCUUGGAAAAGACCAUGAAAUAUUGCGGAGGAGGAUUGAAAAUGGGGCUAAGGAACUUUGGUUUUUCCUCCAGAGUGAAUUGAAGAAGUUGAAAAAUCUAGAAGGAAGUGAACUGCAAGGACGCAUUGAUGAAUUUCUGUCGGAUUUGGGUCAUCAGGAAAGGUCAAUAAUGACCGACUUGUACUACCUCAGUCAAACAGAUGGAGCAGGAGACUGGCGAGAAAAAGAGGCCAAAGAUCUAACAGAUUUGGUGCAGAGGAGAAUAACUUAUCUACAGAACCCGAAGGAUUGCAGCAAAGCUAAGAAACUUGUGUGUAAUAUCAACAAAGGCUGUGGCUAUGGUUGUCAACUUCAUCAUGUAGUCUACUGCUUCAUGAUCGCUUAUGGCACUCAGCGAACACUCAUUUUAGAGUCUCAGAAUUGGCGCUAUGCUACCGGUGGCUGGGAGACUGUAUUUAGGCCUGUAAGCGAGACAUGUACUGACAGAUCAGGUACCACCACUGGACACUGGUCAGGUGAGGCUAAUGAUAAGGAUGUUCAGGUGGUGGAACUUCCCAUUGUUGACAGCUUACACCCACGGCCACCUUAUUUACCGUUGGCUAUCCCCGAAGACCUGGCUGAUAGGCUAAUUCGUGUACAUGGGGAUCCUGCAGUGUGGUGGGUCUCGCAGUUUGUGAAAUACUUGAUUCGUCCACAGCCUUGGUUAGAAAAAGAAAUAGAGGAAGCCACAAGGAAACUUGGUUUCAAACAUCCAGUGAUCGGUGUUCACGUUCGAAGGACAGACAAAGUAGGAACAGAGGCAGCAUUUCAUCCUAUUGAAGAAUAUAUGGUACAUGUUGAAGAGCGAUUUGAACUUCUUGCUCGCAGAAUGCAUGUUGAUAAAAAAAGAGUGUAUUUGGCUACAGAUGACCCUUCGUUGUUGCAAGAGGCAAAAUCCAAGUAUCCAAAUUACGAAUUUAUCAGUGAUAACUCCAUAUCCUGGUCAGCAGGACUUCAUAACCGAUACACUGAAAACUCCCUAAGAGGUGUUAUUCUGGAUAUUCACUUUUUGUCUCAGGCAGACUUCCUGGUCUGUACAUUUUCGUCCCAGGUUUGUCGAGUUGCCUAUGAAAUUAUGCAGACAUUGCAUCCAGAUGCUUCAGCGUAUUUCCAUUCUUUGGAUGAUAUCUACUACUUUGGGGGACAGAAUGCCCACAACCAGAUUGCUAUUUAUGCUCAUCAUCCACGAACUGCUGAUGAAAUUCCUAUGGAACCUGGAGAUAUAAUUGGAGUAGCUGGAAACCACUGGGAUGGUUAUUCAAAAGGCAUCAAUAGGAAAUUAGGAAGAACAGGCCUAUACCCGUCCUAUAAAGUUAAGGAGAAGAUUGAGACAGUCAAGUAUCCUACAUACCCAGAGGCUGACAAGUAGAUUAAAAGGAAGACAUUCGGCAGUAAUUCUCAAUUUUGAUUGGUUCAAACCAGUCAACACACUAACUAAUGGUUUAUAUGGGAUCUGAAUUUGCAUUUUAACGUGCAGUCAAAAUCAAAGCCUUUAGCAAUGAAACUGGAUAAGAAGCUGAGAACAAAUGGAUGGGCUAUUAUCUGAACUUACUCUUAAACGUUUUUUGUUAUAUGCACUCUCACACAUGCACACACAAAACCACAUACAACAGGAAAACUGUUGUUUUAUACUUUUUGUCUCUUUUCAGGAUUUGUCCCAGUCAUUAGUCUUACGUGAGCUUUGGGCUCUUUUCUCUGCCAUUAAUUGACAAUAAUGUUCAGACUUAUAACACUGCCACAUUGUGUAAUUUGAGUGACAUGAACAUAUUUUGUAUGUGCAAAAUUUAAAACAUGGUGCCUAUAUUUGAAAAAAUUGUGACCUUUUUAGAAGAGCCAUGCCUAUUUCACAAUGGGCAAGAGUCAAUCUUUAACUGGUGUUACCGUGACUACUGAACUUGCUUCAAACAACAGAUUCAGAUUUCAGACUAGAUUUCUUUACAAGUUUAUUUUUAGCAUUCCAUUGAUAACUUCUCAUCAUUAAUAAAAUAAAGGAUACAUCCAACAA